AGCUGAAAUACCCGGAAGUGGCUAACAAGUUGUCAACAAGAAAGGCCGACAGACAUGGCGACGUCUUCCUGAACACAAACCUCUGAAAAUGGCGCUCAUCUGACUUUUUAAUUUUCUUUUAAGUUUUACCUUCCAAGUCUUCUUUUUAUUUUCAUGCUUUGAACAUUUUAUUGGAGUUCUACCACGAUGACAGUCAAGCACCACCUCAGUGCUCUCCUGGUUUUCUCCGUAAUAGCGUGCAGCCGUUUCCAGUCUGCCGUCUCCUACGCCCGCUGUGGGCAUUCCCUUCAGGUCCUAGACAGCCCGGUGGGGGAGAUCCGCAGCUCUGCGUACCACAGCUGGUCCUACCGCUUCGGCUCCACCUAUGACUGCUGGGUCAUCAAGGGCCCGGAGGACGAACCCGUCGUCCUCAGCUUCUCUCAGUUUUCGGCCCGAUGCAAAAAGGAAUGGGUGUCCAUAAAGUCGUCGGCUGGCGGGGAGCCGGUGGUCCUCUGCGGCCCCAAGCUGCCGCAGCCCAUCGAGUUUCCGGGGGGAAACAUUACGGUGGUGCACCACUUCCUGCCCCAUCUGUUCCCCGUUUCAUCCUUCCUCCUGAGCUACGCUCGAGACUCUGGAGACUGCCCCGAGACGUCGUUCGAGUGCCGCCGCGGUCGGUGCAUCCCGCUCUCCUGGCGCUGUAACGGCCAGGUGGAGUGUCUGGGCGAAGGCCUGGGCCUCGGCACGGACGAGCAGGACUGCGACGCCGAGUCGGACGACCUCUUUCUUCCAACGGCCGAGGACACGCAGGAGGAAAAGAAACAAACCGCCAUGUAUACGGAGAAGAGCCGCGACGAGGACAACAACAGGCGGAACUCGGUGGACCGGGCUCCGCCCACCCAGAGACCCGCCGUGUCCGAGCCGUGGCCGCUGCCCAAGACGGCGGACCGGGACGAGGAUCAACCCGCCGUCACGCCCGCCGCUGUGGACUGGCCGUGCGGAGGCCUGCUCCGGACCUUCUACGGCACCUUCUCCCCGCCGGCCUCUCGGGGCCCGGCCCUCCUGUGCAUCUGGACCCUGGACCCUCAGGACUCCAGGCCGCUGAGGCUGGACCUGCAGCAGCUGGUGCUGGGCGCCGGGGACAGGCUCACCGUGUACGACCGCGAGCGCGGCAAGGGAGACAUCAUCAAGAUCAUCACCAGCGCCUCCAACUUCAAGUCGGUGCAGGUGGAGUCCCACACCGGCCUGAUGUCGCUGGUCUACAAGAGGCUGGUGGGCUCGGACGGCAGCGGCUUCAACGCCACCUUCCACGUGGGGAGCUACUGCCCGCCCUGGGAGGGGCGGUGCGGCGGGCCGGCGGGCGGCUGCUUCACCCAGGAGCAGCGCUGCGACGGGAAGUGGGACUGCCCCGAGACGGGCCGGGACGAGGAGGGCUGCCGCGGCUGCAGCCAGAGCCAGUUCGCCUGCGGCGUGGCGGGCCAGCGCGCCGCGGCGGCCGGCCACUUCCCCAGCAGGCCCGUGUGCUACCCGGUGACCGAGAGGUGCAACUACCAGCUGUACUGCGCCGACGGCAGCGACGAGAGGGACUGCACGGUGUGCCAGCCGGGGACGUUCCACUGCGACAGCGACAGGUGCGUGUUCGAGAGCUGGCGCUGCGACGGCCAGGUGGACUGCAAGGACGGCACAGACGAGCUCAACUGCACCGUCAUCCUGCCGCGCAAGGUGAUCACGGCGGCGACGGUGGGCAGCCUGGUCUGCGGCCUGCUGCUGGUCAUCGCCAUGGGCUGCACCUGCAAGCUGUACUCGCUCCGGACCCGAGAGUACAGCAUGUUUGCUCCAAUCAGCCGUCAGGAAGCCGAGCUGAUCCAGCAGCAGGCCCCUCCCUCCUACGGGCAGCUGAUCGCACAGGGCAUCAUCCCGCCGGUGGAGGACUUCCCCACCGAAAACCCCAACGAGACGUCGUCUCUGUCUCUGAGAGGAAUCCUCCAGCUGCUCCGUCAGGACGCCGCCAGCUCCCCUCACCGCAGGCGCCGGCCCCGGUUCGUCCGCCGGGCCGUGCGCCGCAUGAGGAGGUGGGGCCUGAUCCCCAGACCGCCGUCCAGACCGGCUCAGUCGUCCUCUGGGGGCGCCGGCGGCCAGCAGCCGUCGGACGCGGCGGCGGCCCCCGGCCAGGAGGCGCCGCUGCUGGCGCCCGCCGGCUCCUCGUCGGCCGUGGAGGCGGUGAACCAGCCGGUUCCUCAGAAACUGGGCCUGCCGUCUCAGCCGGAGCCGCCGCCGCAGCAGCAGCAGCAACAACAGGAGGCGCCGCCUCCCCUGCUGCCGCCUCCUCCUCCCCUCCUCCCGCCGCCCGCUUCCACUCCCCCUCCUCCCUACGCCCCCCCGGCUCCGCCCCCGGCCGCUGCCCACACGCCCCCCGUGGCCGUGCCCCCCAGCAGCCCCUCUCUGGCCUCCAUCUUCCACACGCUGGGCCUGAGCAUCUCCCUCUUCCGGGCGUCGCCCUCCUCCUCCGCCUCCACCAACUCCAUGCCGCUGUCCGCCUCCCCCUCCUUCUCCUCCUCCUCCUCCUCCACCUCAGACGACGAGGUGCUGCUCAUCCCCCUGUCGGAGGACACCACGUCGGAGGACGACGUCCCCAUGCUCACCUGAUCCCCCCCCCCUCACCCCCCAGCCCCACCCUCACUCUGCUCCACCUCCUCACUGAUCCUACGAACCAGUCUUUCCACGUCUGUUUGAACUGAAGCACAGGAAGUGACCCGCGGUGAGACUCGUCCUGCCUGUGCACGUCUGGUGCCUUUCCCCCCCCCCACAGAGUCGCGUGUUCGACCUGUUUUUUUUGUUGUAUUUUAUUUUACUUAAAGCGAGCGAAGAGGGGGAGACGGGAGUGUAGGCGAGCUCGUCGACAUGCACUUAAUUCAUGCUGUGCUGCACAUAGAAGGUAAACUUUUAUUUUUUGUUUUUGCACAGAAGAAUCUUCCCUCUCCAGAUCCCGCCGCCGCCACGUCGAACGAGUUUCCUACCGUGCAGAUUAAUUGUUUCCGUGUGAACGCACGUCCGAGUCUUACGUCGACAGUGGAGUGUGACUGCAGACGUGAACCGUCUCCACACUCCUGCCACUCACAUCCACGUCCUGUAGGAGCCGGCUUUCACAAUAAGAGCCUCGCUCCCAUAGCAUGAAUUGCUAGAGGGGGAAAAAAGAAAUAGAUUUUCCCCGAUUUUAGUGCCUUUAAAGAGUUGCCUGCAGACGGCUCCAGGAGGUUGAGGUGACUCCUGAACACACACACACACACACACACACACACACACUCAAACACACUCAAACCCAAACAUGCAUUAACACAUCAAUGGCUUUAGUAUAACUGUGGGGUGAAUAUAGUAGCAGAAGGAUUCCAGUGUGUGCGUGUGUGUGAGACAGGUUUGUGUGUCAAAGGACAUGUGACUCUCUGGGGUUUCUUUACCCUCAGUGCAGACUUGCAGGCUUCCGUGACGUUCUGUUUGACCAUGCGCUUUCACAGUGUGAAGUUAUUUAAAAGCUGCCGGUUGGCACCGGAACAGCGAGCAGUAGACAAACACACACACACACACACACACACACACACUUUGAUCUGCAUGUACACAUGAUUGAUUAAAUCUCAGCACAUGCAGCUACAGUAGAUAUUUAGACACAACUCUGUACACAGAUAAAUAUUGAGAUACUCCGUACACACUCGGAUGCACAGAAAGCUUCACACACUGUACACACAGACUCACACACACACUACUUCAGUAUUGGCUCCAUACACUACUUUAAAAUCCACCCAUUCUCAGCAUUAAGACUCUGUGUUUUCAGUGCAUGUAGAUCUGAAUCAGUCCACUCGUGCACUCCCUCCCCAAGUGAAUGAAUGUAUCCUGCUAACGUGUCAAAAGACAAUCUCUCCGGUGCCUGAUAGAACCUGCGUGUGUGUGUGCGUGUGUGAGAGAAUGUGUGUGUGCGCGCAGGAAAACGAAGCCCCGAAUUCACAGAUCAACCUCAGCUCCUGCCGGGACUCGAACUCAUUCUGUCACCUUCUGACACAACAGACCUUGUGGUGUGCCAUUUGUAUCGUUCUUGUACAUUUUACGAUUGUUUUGAUUCCGGUAAAAGAUGCAUAUCUCCUUUUUAAGUUGUCUUUGCUUUGUUGAAUGUAUUAGGGUCUAUGUGGAGUAGCCAGAAGUUUUAAAUUUGCAACGUGAUGAGGUAAAUAAGACAGAGAUGAUUUAUUAGGGUCAUGUUCACUGUAUAUAAGUUCCAAUGUGGCUGAGAUUAAAGGAUUUGCACUUUUA